AUGGGUAGAUACACUGCUGUUCAUGCCAAUCCGCAAGGCGUAGGCGAUGCUCGCCCAACUGCUCUCCAGAUCAUCCAAGACGAAGGCCUCGAAGGCAAACUUGUCGGCAAAGUCAUCGUCCUAACCGGCGCCACCUCUGGCAUCGGCCUCGAAACUGCCCGCGCCCUCUCCACCACAGGAGCCACCCUUUUCCUGACCGCCCGCGACCUUGCGAAAGCUUCAGAAUCCCUUGCCGGAAUUCUCGAGCCAGGGCGCGUCUCCCUAGUCCCCAUGGACAAUGCCAGCUUCUCCAGCGUCCGCGCCGCAGCCCAGCAGAUCCUCGCCCACUCCCACAACAAAAUCAACAUCCUCAUCGCCAACGCGGGCAUAAUGGGCGUCCCCUCCCUCACCCUCACAGAGGACGGACACGAAUCCCACUUCGCCGUCAAUCACCUCUCCCACUUCCUCCUCUUCUCCCUCCUCAAGGACGCACUCCUCGCAGCCUCAACACCAGCUUUCAAUUCCCGCGCCGUCAUCGUGGCCUCCUCUGCUCAUCGUGCCGGCCCUUUCCCCGCAGACCAUGACUACUCCUUCAGCAACACGCCCUACAAGCACGGAAAGGCAUACGCCAACUCCAAACUCGCAAACAUCUACAUGGCGAACUAUCUUGACCGGCACUACGGCGGCCGCGGUCUGCACGCCACCUCGGUCCACCCGGGGGCUAUACUGACGAACAUCACGCGGUACUCGGACCCGUCUGUCAUCGACGCAAUCCUGAAGAUGCCACAUUUGGUUCCGAUAUUCAAGUCGGCGGAGCAGGGGGGUGCGACAACUGUGGUAGCUGCCGUGGGCAAGGAGUGGGAGGGCAGGGGCGGCAAGUAUUUGGAGGACUGCGAAGAGGCGGGCAGGGGAGAAGAUGAUGGGAAUGUGUUUAUGUUGGGGUAUACGACGUGGACCUAUGAUGAGGGCGAGGAGGAGAGGCUGUGGAAGGACUCGGCACAUUUCGUAGGCGUCGAGGCGCACGUGUGAGCGUGUGGGAUGUGUCGCUGAUGGGGAAGCUGAAUGGUCUCGAUGUACUGUCAUGCUAGCUUAGCGUUGAUGGGCAUGGCUAUGGCCAUGCAAUUUGUGUUGAUACUCUCUUCAAAGGACUGGGAGAGAUGGCGAUCUUGUCGAGCCGCCUAAGAUCGAUGAGAUGAAAGGAAAGCGUGCCAUAGUAAUGGAUGACGAUAGAUCAGGAGGGACGAGAAACGUGAGCUUGAUAAAGUGUAGAGUCCCGACUUGGUAUCAUCGAUAGCUUCGGUGUUGCCGUCUCGGUUAGAAAGAAUAGG